AUGGAUCUGGCCUUGAAGGUCCGCGAUGACGGGACUGAUGAGUUCCUCAAGCUCAUUCAGAAUCCUUUCAAGUCUUCUUUCACUAUCACCGCCAUCUGGACCUCGCUAGGUACUUCGCUUGGUGUCACUGUCCUCCUCGCCCUCCUCUUCUCCCUUGUCCGACCCCGACACUCGUUGGUUUAUGCACCCAAGGUCAAGCAUGCAGACCUCAAACACUCCCCACCUCCGGUGGGCAAGGGUUUCUUCUCCUGGGUGAAGCCAGUGAUCAACACACGGGAAGCCGAGCUCGUCGAAACAGUUGGUCUGGACGCCGCGAUCUUCCUGCGCUUUACCAAGAUGUGCCGCAACAUCUUUAUUCUUCUCAGCAUCAUCGGCUGCCUUGUUAUGAUUCCGAUCAAUGUCACACAAAGCAAGGGGACAGGAGACGGGACCACCCAAUCGAAAUUCGCGAUGAUGACGCCGAUCUACGUUUCUGGCACACCGACCUGGAGCCAAGUCGUAUGUGCCUGGGCUUUCGAUAUAAUCAUUGCUUACUUCCUGUGGAGGAAUUACCGUGCCGUGCGGAAUCUGCGGAGAAAAUACUUCCAGAGCUCCGAAUACCAGCGCAGUCUGCAUGCGCGUACUCUGAUGAUCACCCAUAUCCCCCCGGCUGAUCGUACCGACGAGGGAAUCCUACAACUUACCGAUCAGGCGAAUCCCACCGCUGCCAUUCCACGUGCUGCAAUUGGUCGAAAUGUCAGAGAUCUACCCCGGAUUAUCAAGGAGCACGAAGAAGCAGUCCGAGAGCUUGAGUCCGUUUUGGCAAAGUAUCUCAAAAACCCUGACCGACUUCCCGCGAAGCGACCUCUUACACGCCCUGCUCGCAGCCAGCGAAGCAAAUAUACAGGUGGAAAGGUGGACGCCAUCGAUUACCUUACGGUGCGAAUUCGGGUUUUGGAAGAAGAAAUCAAACACGGGAGAGCGUCGAUUGAUCGCCGGAACGCCAUGCCUUAUGGUUUCGCUAGUUGGGAAAAUAUCGAGCAUGCUCACGCCGUGGCAUGGAGUGCUCGCCGCAAGCCCCCCAAGGGUACCGUUAUCAGUCUUGCACCCCGGCCUAGCGAUCUCAUUUGGGAGAACCUGCCUCUUUCGAAGGGAGCACGCAAGUGGAAGCGAUUCAUGACUUUCAUCUGGGUUACAUGCUUGACAUUCUUGUGGGUUGUUCCUAACGGUCUAAUUGCCAUCUUCUUAGCCAACUUGCACAAUUUGGGUCUUGUGUGGCCGGAUUUCCAGACUUCGAUGAACGCAAACCCGAACGUGUGGGGUGCUGUUCAGGGUAUUGCCUCACCCGCGCUUACUUCGCUGGUUUAUCUCGUGCUUCCGAUCAUUUUCCGUCGUCUUUCUAUCAAGGGAGGUAGCAAGACCAAAACAUCCCGUGAACGUCACGUCCUGGGUCACCUUUAUGCCUUCUUCGUGUUCAACAAUCUGAUUGUCUUCUCGCUCUUCUCGGCUGCUUGGACUUUUGUGGCUACCGUCGUUGAAAAGACCAACACCGAUAAUGAAAAUGCUUGGCAAGCCAUCAUUGAUAGCCGGUUUUAUGCUACACUGAUCACUGCGCUCUGCAAUGUUUCGCCGUUCUGGGUGACCUAUCUUUUGCAGCGAAACCUUGGUGCUGCUAUUGAUCUCGUACAGCUCGUCAACAUGGUCUGGGUCUGGUUUGCUAGGACGUUCCUUUCGCCGACACCUCGGCAGUCCAUUGAAUGGACUGCGCCUCCGCCGUUCGACUAUGCCAGCUACUACAACUACUUCCUCUUCUACGCUACUGUUGCUCUCUGUUAUGCAACUCUGCAGCCAAUUGUGUUGCCUGUGACAGCCUUGUACUUUGGCGUUGACGCCAUGCUGAAGAAGUACCUACUGAUGUACGUCUUUGUUACCAAGAACGAAUCCGGUGGUUUAUACUGGCGAGUUUUGUUCAAUCGCGUGGUCUUCGCCACCAUCCUCGCCAACGUUAUCAUCGCUCUCGUUGCCAAGUCCAACGGCACCUGGACCAUGGUGUUCUGCGUCGUUCCCCUGCCUUUCCUCAUGAUCGGUUUCAAGAUCUACUGCAUGAAGACCUUUGAUGCCGACAUCGAGUACUACAACCGCGCCAAUCUAACUGACGCCGAGGCAUUGGGCGUGGGCAAGUCCAGCAAGAAGGCAGCCGAACGUCUCAGCUCUAAAUUCGGCCAUCCAGCCCUGUACAAACCUCUUAUGACCCCAAUGGUCCACGCCAAGGCCGCCGAAGCCCUGAAAGAAAUCUAUCAAGGCCGCCUCGACCAAGGCGACACAGCAGGGGAAUACUCAGACAUAGCCCUGAACCCAAUGCUAUCCUCGCAACCAGGCAAAUCCGCCGAACCAGCGCCCUUCGAAGUCGUCCCGGAGAACCACCUCGACUUCUCCUACUUCAAAGACCGCGCCGACUUCCGCGACGAAUUCGGCGGCGGCAUCUACGGCCGCCCAGAAGACCUCAUGACAGAACGCUCCCAAACCCCGCGCUCAACCCUAGGCGGCGAAUGGUCCCCCAGCUCCUCCCGCGCCUCCUCGCCAGCCCCCUCCCUCCCCUCAAUCACCCCCCUCAAAUUACACGAGGGCCAUGUACCCUCCGAUCCCACAGGCCUCAUCCACCCGGCCUUCCGCGUUCCACUCUCCCGAGGCGACAGUGGCACUUCCGUGCCGGGCGUGUAUACCCCUAUGGACGAGAGCGAGUCUCAUCUUCUCAGUCAUGCCCAGACGCCUGCGCAGACGGAUGCCAACCCGCUGGAUCGGUGGCGUACCCGUGGCUAUGGGCCUGUCGAGCAGGAGGACGAGCCUUCGUUUACUUCUUAUGAGGCGUACCGUUCUCAGCGGUAA